AUGGACCGUUGUGAUACAUCAGGGUUUGUGAGCGGAGGUUGCAUACAUUCGAAGUCUGUUGGCUCCAACCUCUAA